AUGGACUUCAAUGGUAGUUCGAAUGCCGGCUCUUCCUCUAGAUCAAAAAAGAGUCCUAGGCAAAAGCAGCAACAACCGCAGCUGCAACCACAACAACAACAACAAACUAAUGAAGAAAUAAAGUAUGUAGGAGUGAGGCGUAGACCGUGGGGAAGAUAUGCAGCUGAAAUAAGAAACCCGACUACGAAAGAGAGGUAUUGGCUAGGUACUUUUGACACAGCCGAGGAGGCUGCAUUGGCCUAUGAUAGAGCCGCGCGGUCCAUAAGAGGCUUGACUGCUCGAACCAACUUUGUCUACUCUGAUAUGCCUCGUGGCUCCUCAGUAACUUCCUUCAUCUCUCCUGAUGAAUCCCAACGUUUCAUUUCCGAGUUAUUCAACCCUCCAAGCCAACUAGAAGCUCUUAACAACAACAAUCUCUACUCAUCCACCAACAACCAAAAUCAAAACUCUAUAGAAUUCUCAUACAAUGGGUGGCCUCAGGAGGCUCAUGAAUGUGGUUAUCAAUCUAUAAACAGUAAUAAUGAGCAUUGUGACCAUGAGCUUCCACCACUACCUCCAAGUACUUGUUUUGGAGCUGAGCUAAGGAUUCCUGAGACCGAUAGCUAUUGGGACGUGGGGCAUUCAAGCAUCGAUACGUUAGCCUUUGAGCUCGAUGGCUUUGUGGAUCAGAACAGUCUUGGUCAGAGUGGAACAGAAGGGUUUAAUUCUUCAUCCUCUACAUUCUUCUACCAAUAA